AAAUUUGACAUGGGCGAGCAUUACACGAACUUCGAUCCUGAUUUGCUCAUCGACAAGUUCACCACGAAUCUUUCGUUCUUGAAAAACAAUUGGCGUAACAUGCUCGGUCGUCCUACCAUUACCGUUGUCAUCACAAUGGAUAACUCGGAUCAGGGUAAAAUACCUUUAGCGUUGAUAACAACAAUGAAAAAAUUAAAAUCUGGAUACAUCAAUGGUACCAGAGUGACUUUGGGUAACCUGAACGACUUUUUAAGUACAAGUUGUGUUACAAAUUUGAGUUUUCUGGGGUGUCAUGAAGACGGUUUGCCUGAUAAGUUAAAUCCGCGUGUAGGCGAAUAUUUAGAGGAACAUCUUAUGAAAUGCUUCUCUAAUAAAACGUCCCUUCUCUUGGUAACGAAUCCAAGUCGUCGUGGAAGGCAUUUAAAACGCAAAAUGUCGGUGAAGGGACUUAUAAAACGCACCAGAUCAAUAAAUGUUAUGGAAUCUGGGAGUCUUACAGUAGGUGCAGAUAGAUCAGCUUUGGGUACAGAUCAAAUAGAUUCGCGAGCCAGAUCCCCAUCACCCAUUAAUGUGCGCCCCAAACUGUUAAGACCAGAUGUGCCUAAUAUUGUCAUUGGUAGACACAGAAGUCCUUCGGAGACGCAGUAUGCCGAAACAGAGGUUGAUGAAUUAUUCGCCAUGUUACGUGAGUCAGAGUCUUUGGACGAACAGGGCGAUAUUUUGCAAUAUUUAGUCGAUCAGAAAGGAUUAGACCACAAUACAGGCAUGUUGGAAUAUGGUAAAGUUGUUACUUUAAGGGAUUUGCUCAAAGGGUUGUAUGAAAAAGCUUGCCAACAAAAGUUAUGGGGACUUGUACGACAUACAGCAGGAAUGUUGGGAAAACGAGUUGAGGAUUUAGCAAAAGCCGUCACUGAUUUACUCGUGCGUCAAAAACAAAUCACCGUUGGUAUGCCGCCUAAUAACGAACAUACUAUUAGUGCCCCGUUGCCGGAAAGUGAACUGCGCUCUUUAAUCCGUGAAGCUUAUGGCGAAGAUGACUCGACCGCAAUGUUGACCCACGAAUUGUUGGUUUAUCUCGCUAUGUUCAUCCGUACUGAGCCUCAAUUGUUCAGGGAAAUGUUGCGGUUACGCGUUGGGUUGAUUAUUCAGGUGAUGGCAACCGAACUGUCGAGGACUCUUGUUUGCGAUGGGGAGGAUGCAUCGGAGCAUUUGCUCAACCUUAGCCCAUUCGAGAUGAAGAACUUGCUGCAUCACAUUCUAAGUGGGAAAGAGUUUGCUAUCAGUAGUGUUGGCAGAGGAAACUUUUCGAUUGUUAGUAGUAAGUCGAGUAGGAUUAGUAAGAGAAGUCAUAUUGGUUUAGACCUUGGCGUGCAUGAGGAAACCAUUGAGCCUGAUAAACAA